AUGGCAAGUUUCAAUCCAGAGGCUACCCUUCAGUUGGAAGAGUCUCUUUUGAGAGUCCCUUAUGAGUCGAUGAGGCGAACUUUCAAGCAGGCGCAGAAGAAUUUAGAAAAGGAUACAGACUUCAUUCGUGAUUCAACUAAAGAGUUGAGCGUCCUGGUUAGUAAUGAACGAGAUUCUCAACAGAACACUGCCAUUCAUGCCAAACUGGGGGAUAUGGUAACAAGAAUGAAAGGAUUGAAGCGAAAGCUUUCUGCUUUGAAAUCAGAACAAGACCAGCAUAUCAAAACCACUAAAGCAAGAAUUGAUUAUUUGGCACAGUUGUUUACGAUCGAUAACUAUGAAAGCUUUAAGUACGAGGAAUGGUCAAAAAAUCGACUUGAUAUUCUCCUGGUUGAUUAUUUUCUGAGGUGUGGUUAUGCAGAAACGGCUAAGCAACAUGCUAAGGCAAGGCGAAUACAGCCAGUUGUUGACAUGGACAUUUUAUUCCAAUGUCACAAAAUCGAACAAAGUCUACGGCAGCAGAGAACUACGGAAUGUCAAACCUGGUGUCAAGAGAAUAAAACUCACUUGAGAAGGAUCUCCAGUCCGCUUGAAUUUGAAAUUCGCUUACAGCAGUAUAUUGAACUUGCUAGGGAGAGGAAGUUGACAGACGCCAUUAGCCACUCAAAGAAGUUCUUGGUCAAGAAUGCUGAUACCAGAUUGAAGGACGUACAACAAGCAUCAGCUUUACUUGCUUUUAGUCCAGACACAAUGGUAACUCCUUACAAAGAACUUUAUGCCAUGGACAGAUGGGAUAAGUUGGCUACAAUGUUCGUCAACACUUUUUUGAGUUUACAUGGCUUACCACGUCAGUCAGCACUUGUGGAAUACUUAGCGACAGGUAUUUCAGCUUUAAAGACAUAUUCAUGCAUCCAAACAGACCUAGAUUUCAAACCUAAGAUGGAUUUAUCAAGGGGUCAUAUGUGCCCUGUUUGUUCUGACGAAUUAAAUAAACUAUCUAGAUCCCUCCCAUACGCAUUGCACACCCGAUGUUAUCUUGACAGUGACCCGGUAGUCCUCCCAAAUGGAAGAGUUUAUGGCCGCGAAAAACUAAUUGCAUACUCAGAGAAAGCAGGUGUUGACCCAGAAGAAGUUGCUGAUCCCACAACUCAGGAAAUUUUUGGCGUUUCUGAGCUUAAGAAUGUAUUCCCAACGUGA